GAAAUAAUUUCAUGCCACUUUAGCACCUUUAUUUCUCUCUUGUUCAUAUUCUUGUCGCUGCAAAUGGUUAAAGUUACACAGUUCUCUCUCUCUCUCUCUCUCUCGCGGGCGCGCGCUUGUGUGACGUCGCUCGUUCGCUGUCCCGGGUAUCACGGUGCUGAUCCCGUGGCAUCAGCCGCUCCGAGCCACCGUCCAGCGGAACCUGAACUCGGAUUACAUGCGGCGUCCGCGCGGAGAAGAAACGCGGAAGGCAUCGCUUUAACCUUUAGGCGCAGACACUUGAACGCGGACCUGAAUGAAUUCACGCCACUGAGGGAUGCUUUAACACAUGUGGCAUGCGACUUACUUCGCAGGAGGACAACUAGACCCCAAACCCAAUGGAAUUAAUCGAUCUUAUGGCUUCUGACACCUGCUUACUUGCUUACUUUUUUAAAACUUAAUUCUGAAUGCAAUAUACACGUGCACUUAAAUAUUUCACAAAAGCUUCUUUGUUUCUCCAUUUAAAUUGCAAAAGAUUUUAAGUAACCUUUCUAUAGCGCUUUAUAUAAAACUGAUUGUGUCAAAACAGCUUUACAGUGUGGACAGAAAAAUAGUUUGUCAAUAAUGCAAGAAGAGGACAGCCGUGUUUCCAGAUAAAGUCAAUUCAUUGAUGAUUUAGUGAUGUCACCGUUCAGUUCAACUCUCUUCCAAUAGUGUCUGUGCAAAUCAGUCACAGCUAAAUUCAAGCUAGAUUCCAAAAGUGCAAUGAACUUAAAGCAGGUCGCCACUUUAAUGCAUCACUUAAGUUGCAAUUGUAGAGGGUUGCAAUGGCUUUCACGCAUUCGCUCUUCACAGCCUAAAAACUAGCAGGGAGUCCAUCAACGUGCGCUAACUGAUCCAGGACAGAGUCGAUUCUCCCUGUUCUCGGAUGAAGCAUGCUGAAGAGCCGCUGUUGCGUUCUCUUCGGUGACCUCAAGGUGUUCCUGCUCGGGCCACAGGCUCCUACAAACCCCAUGAGCGGACAAACGGCCAGAAUCAGCCCGUUUGCCUCGGAUAACAACACCGCUUUACGAGCCCACCGGCUCCGGCACUGGAGUAUCCCGUCCACGGAGGACGCCGAGGCGGCUGCGGACGGGUGCGCGUGGACGGGUGCCGCGGCGGAAGAGCUCCCCAAGGAUCGCAAGGAUGACAGAUUCUCCUUCAUCAGCUAUGCAGAAGGAACCCCGGUGUGCAGGAUAUGCUUCCAGGGACCGGAACAGGGUGAGCUGCUGAGCCCGUGUCGCUGCAAUGGCUCUGUCCGCAGCACUCAUCAGCCGUGUCUCAUCAAGUGGAUCAGUGAAAGAGGCUCGUGGACCUGUGAACUCUGUUACUACAAGUACCAGGUGAUCGCCAUCAGCACCAAGAACCCGCUGCAGUGGCAAGCGAUCUCGCUCACCGUCAUUGAGAAGGUUCAGAUCGCGGCGGCGAUCUUGGGUUCGCUCUUUCUCAUCGCCAGCAUCUCGUGGCUGGUGUGGUCGUCUCUCAGCCCUUCGGCCAAGUGGCAACGCCAAGACCUGCUCUUCCAGAUCUGUUAUGGGAUGUACGGCUUCAUGGACGUCAUCUGCAUCGCUCUGAUUGUCCAUGAGGGCCCGUCUGUUUUCCGUAUAUUCCACCGCUGGCAGGCCGUCAAUCAGCAGUGGAAAGUUUUAAACUACGACAAGAAGCGAGACAGCGAGGAGCAGAAGAAUAAUGAGGAACUGACUCAUUCGCUGCUCCACCAGAGGGAUCCGUCAGGAGCGGACGUCUCUCCUUCACCGUCUUCACUCAUGGUUGCUGCUGGGACGCCGGCUCUUGACAUGACCGACGGCACGACAAACACAAACACCACAGCGGCCGCGCAGGACUCCUACCAGACUGAUGCGCUCGCAGACGGACCAGCUUUACUGGACCAGCACUGUCCUUAUAAUCUCCUGCAUUUACUGAGUCAUCUACGGCCGCACGAGCCACGAAGCCCAGCCAACAACAUCAGCACAAACACCACUAAACCUAGAGAAGUGGUUAUGAGAGUCACCACCGUCUGACUGGAGCCUUCUGAUGGGACUCUUUUCAGGACAGCGUUGGAACUGUCGGAUUAUUGAUGACUUUCACUGAUACUAAUAACAAACAAUAUGGGGUUUUAAUUGCAUAUUCUGAGAUCUAAAGAGCAGGUUGGACGGCUCAUGAAUUUAAAGGGACAGUUCACCCAGAAACGGACAUUCCGUCAUUCUUUGAUGUUCCGAACAUGUAUGAUGUCAUUUGACUUCCUGUGGAACACAAAAGGAGAAUUUAUGAAGAAUCUUAAAGAGAUCAAGGUCAAGCUCCAAAAAGCAUUGUGAAAAUGAAUUGAAUUUGUGUUCUACAGUAAAAAUAACAUUUUUAGGAUCAUUGAGGACACAUUUUGGUUUCACUGUUAUGCCAUUAUACUUUAUUUUCUAUUUUCUAUUUAAAUUUUAGUUAAGAGUUUUGUUGUAACAUGAUCUGUUUUUGUGUGUUUUUAGUAGUUUGUUUAAUUUAAUAAAAAAAUAAUUGUAGUUAUUUUAGUACUUCAAUAUACAAAAACAAAACAAAACAAAAAAAAAACAGAAAAAUUCACAAAGAAAUUAUUCUGUAUUUUUGUAAUUUUGUUGUCAUUUUUAUUAUUUUAAAUAAUAUAUAUAUAAAUGUUUUAAUAUUUCAGCACUUAAAGUUGAACUAAAUAAAACUUUAAAAUGUUGCCUUUGCAACUAACUGAAAUAAAAUAUAUUUUAAACAUUUUAUUCCAGUUUAUUAUUAAUUUUAUAAGUUACAGUAUAAGUUUAUAAGUAACUAAAAUGUUUUUGUUCGUAAGUUUUAAACACACAUAAUAACCUGAGGGGAGGGCUAUUAAAGUUAACUAAAAAUAAAAUUAAAAAAUUUUCGUAACAUGAAAUAUAAUAAAUGCUAACUGGGAUAAUAUAUAUAUAUUUCAGAGUUGCUAAGUGAACAUUUCUCACCUUAAAUUAGCUUGAAGUACUAAAAUAACUAAAACUGAACCUUAAAUAAUAAUGAAUGAAACCUCUAUAGACAACUACUAGUAAUGACAAAACACAACAAAAUUACUCAAACUUAAACUGCAAUUAAACGGAAAAAGGAAAUAAUACAAAAGAAAAACAUUUGUAAAAAUUCUUUAAGAAACUAUAAUAGUAUUUCAAUUAUACGAAAAUAACACUUUGUUUUUGGGUGAACUAUUGCUUUAAAUAAACCCUUUUUUUUUUACAUAAUAUUUACUUAAAUAUUUAAUAUAAAAAAAUAUAUAUCUGAAAAGAGAACAUAUGCACAAAAACCAUUGAAAAGACUGAUGGUAUUUAAUGUAAAUUUAAAUGAAACUAUGAAUAUGUUUACAGUAACGUUACUGACGCUGCCACAGAAAUGUCAAACGGAGCACAUGACCCUUUCACUGUCAAUAAAUAAUGAGUGACAGCUGUCAGUCAUCACGCAGACGGAUGGACAGCAGCUCGAUGCAGAUGAAAAGCACAAACUCUCACGCUUUUACUCUGUUCCUCUCAUGUUUGCUGGUGAUGCAUGUUUUCAUAUUCACAACCUUUGUGAGGAUAUCAAUAAUCUCAAAUCAUUUCACACGGACGUCCUGCAAUCAUUGCCCCCUUGAGCACUUAAAGUCAACAUGAAAUCACAAUUAACUCUAUUCAUUUUCAUAAUACAAAUACUUCUACUGUGCACAAAUAAUUAGUGCAAUUUAUUCAAAAUUAAACAUGUUUGUCUUUUUAAUGUUUCAUCUACAUAUUCACCUGCUCAACUUUCCUUGACGUUAUUUGAGAUGUUAUGUUGUUAUAACUAUAUAUUUUCUAGUAAUACGUUUUUCUUGUUAAAACAUUAUCAUGAGAUGUUAUGUUAUUUAAACAAAAUAUUUUUUUUAGUUAUAUUGAAUUGCAGCUGUUAAAAUUUUUCUUGUAAUAACAAGCCAUAAAGAUAUUUUUCUUGUUAAAGUAACAGAUUUUAUUGAAAUAUGUCGAUAUAAAACAUAUUUUCUAGUCAUAACAAGACUGAUAUAUUUUACAGUUAAAUUUUCUUGUAAUAAUGAGAUGUGUCUUUAAAUUAGCAUUUUUCUGAGAUGUUAUGUCAUUAAAAACUCAACGAAUUUCUCGUAAUGAUGAGAUGUUGUUCAAACUAUAUAUUUUCUAGAAAUAAGGUGAUGCUGAUGUUAAACAUUGUUUUUGUGUUGUAAUGAUUUAAUUUAUUCUGAGAAAAUUUACAUUUUUAAUGACCGUCAGGUUAUUACAAGAAAAUAUGUGAUUUUAACAAAAUAAAUUAUGCUUAAUAAAAUAAAAUAUAUAUUUUCAGUGACAUAACAUCUCGUUAUCGCAAAAUAAAAUGUACGUGACAGCAAUGCACCACAGUAACAAACAGAGAUUCAUGUUGACUUUAACACAUGGAGGACUGUCCCUUCAGUUAAUAUAGGGAAAAUAAAAAAUACAAUUCUGUUAAAAACAUUAUAUUUCAACCCACAGAUAAACAGCUGAUCUGAAUCUGAAGGCCGGGCAUUGUGGGUUUGAUUAUUAAAGGACGAGUUCACUCAAAAUGUGUCAUCAAUUACUCACCCUCCUGUUAUUUUCUUACUUUUUCUGGAAAAAAGGUAAACUGAACGUGGAAGCUGAUUUUGAAGAUUCACAAAAAGAUGAUUUAUAGCACAAAAGGAAAAAAAAGACAUUAAAGUAUUAGGAAAGUUUAAAGAAAAUGUUCACAAAUUAGUAAAUGUUGACAGAGUUGUUAUUUUGGGGUGAAUUCUUAUUUUAUGUCUAACUUCUGCAGUUUACUUGUAUUGCCAUUAUAUAUUUCUAUCAAAUAUCGACUUGAAGGUGGUGAGCUUAGAUCCAUAUUUUUGUCAUGUUGCCAUUUCAUAUCUACGGAAAUAAAAUGAAUAUAUGAAAUGACAAA